GGCCAUCCGAGCCACUCCAUGUGAGUAGUCCUUCGGAUGCUCUCGUACUGCGCGCCGGGUGCGUUUAUUUUUAUUAUUAUUUAGUGGCUUAAAUAUUUAAGUUAAGUUAUUUUUAUUAUUUAAAUUUUAUACUUGCAUCGUCGUUUAUUAUUUUUGUAAAUCGUUUCUGCGUGAGUGCGUGCGUGUAUGUGUAUGUGUGUGUGUACUUGUGUGAGUGUGUGUGUGUUUGUGUGCGUUUAAAAUAUUUACGUGAUAAGUAAUUAUUAUUAUUUUUUACGAACCGAAAAAUUACGAAGUACCCGAUGUACAGCAGAAUAUCUGCGUCUUCGUUGCUCAAGUGGUGGAUCCAGUCGUCGUGAUCGAGAUCUAUUUGGCAAGAUUUAAUAAAAAGAAACCAACAUGGGAUGCUUUUGUACCAGUACCCGAACACAUCACUGCAAAAUCGUGUUCCUCGACGAUCAAGAACUCGUGCACGAAGUUCAGGGUUCGAGUUUGGGCCAAGAAGUUUUCGAUGUGGUUGUGCGACAUUUAAGCCUUCUCGAAACAGCUUACUUUGGUCUUCGCUAUUUGGAUUCUCAAAAUCAAACUCACUGGUUGGAUCUGUCCAAGAAAAUGAACAAACAGAUGAAGGGUAACGAGAACUUCACGUUUUACUUCGGUGUGAAAUUUUACGCCGCCGAUCCGUGUAAGCUGGCCGAAGAAAUCACCAGGUAUCAGUUUUUCCUGCAGCUCAAACAGGAUAUACUGCAAGGACGCGUACCCGUCACCCAAGAACUGAUGGCCGAGCUGGGAGCGUACGUCGUGCAAUCUGAACUUGGAGAUUUCGAUCCUAGACGACACACCCUCGGGUAUGUGUCUGAAUUCCGGUUCGUGUCCAAUCAGAAUGCAGAGCUCGAGAACCGAAUCGGAGAAAUACACAAAGAACUCACGGGUCAAGUGCCUGCAGUUGCCGAGCUGAAUUUCUUGGAUAAAGUCAAGUGGCUGGACAUGUACGGCGUCGAUCUUCACCCAGUACUGGGUGAAGACAACGUCGAAUAUUAUCUGGGUUUGACUCCGACCGGAGUGAUUGUGCUCCGAAACAAAAACAUCGUCGCAAAUUAUUACUGGCCCAGGAUCACCAAGAUCUUCAGCAAAGGAAAAUAUUUCAUGCUCAGGGUGUGCGAUAAAAACAACGACGAGAACACUUACGGGUUUGAAACGCCCUCGAGGCCGGCGUGUAAACAUCUGUACAAGUGCAGCAUGGAACAUCAUUCAUUCUUCAGACUUGUCCAAGUGUCACCCAACCCCCCGGACGUCAUAAGCACUCGAUUUAGCAGCGGUCGGGCGGAUAAAACGUCAGUGAGGAGUUCGCAGAUGAGCAAUAGAACUCCGCCAUCGUUUACAAGGACACCCAGUCGCCGCUAUCAGAGAAGGAUCGUCGAAGGGGCCAACGAUAAUCAAACUUUCGGAGACGAGUACAAGACCAGAGACGAACUGAUGCUGUCAUCGUCGUCGUUGAAACCGCAAGACAAGCUGAAAAACUGUUCCAAUCCUCAACUGCCCGUACACACAAUGUACGUGCCGAACCGGAGUGAUUCGCCGAGGAGCACCAGAAGUGCACCGUGGGGCGUUUGGUCGAGCGCCCCUACCCGGGGCCUGUACUCGAGCAGCUCGCCGAGGAGUGUCCGAUCGGGUCCUCAUCAGAUCAUGCGCCAUGCACGCCGGUCGUCCAGCGUGGACAGCCAGAGCUCCAAUGACUCUAGAUCGUGUCGCAAGCAUAGACACCGUAACAAUAGACGGUCGUCGGAUAACGAGAGCGAACAGUCGGGCCGGUCGGGCAAGUCACACCGGAAGCACAGGCACCGGAGCCGGAAGUCGUCGACGGGCGACGACCACGAGCACAGACGACACAGGUAUCAGCUGGUAGAGUCGGAAGGACAGUGGCGGGAAGUACAACGGAGGCAGGCCGAGGGCAGGUCUGCCAUACAAAAGGCAUCGGUGGUUCGGCCCCGGUCGGGCUAUGCAAACAGCGGGCUGGAGUCUGAGAGUGAGAUUUCUCACCAUUCGUCGUCGUACCGGAGACGGAAACACCGGAAACACAGGUCGAGGUCCAGGUCGCCGUCGGAGAGCAGCAGCAAGACGCGUCUACCGGAGGAGCUCAAAAAACAUUUGGAGUUCGAACUCGUCGAAACGGACGGCAUGACCGAGGAACAACUGCGAGAGAUACCUUACACGGCGGUGAAGACAUCCCUGAAGACUAAUAACUCGUCGCCUCCCCUGUCGUCGAAACGGAAAACCUAUUCGUCUCGGAGAGCCAAAAGUUGUUCGUUAAAAGACUCGACAGUGCCGGAAGCCGGCGACAGUCCUCCGCCGCCGUAUAGCGAAGGCCCGGCAGAUAAAUGCUCCACUGCCGCCGCCGUCUCCAUGCCCAGUUCGAAAAGCGCAAAUCAGUUACCAAGGACUCAACAACCCAACCAAAGCGGACCAACGGUGACGAGGACGUCAGCUGACCCGAAUUACAGGGCCACGUGCUCCGCGCUAUACGCCAACCCGUCGGCGUUGCAUAUGGGCUCGGCGAACAGCUAUCAUCAUUCUAGUCACGACCAACGGAACCUCAUGAACCAUUCCCGGUGGUUACACGAUCUCGAGCAGAAAGACAACGCUCACAAUAGGAGAACUGAAAAUCUGAUGCGAGAUUUCCCUUACAAUUCAGCCAGGUCGUCGGCAAACGGGAACAGCUCUGAACGACCCUCCACGAACGCAGCCAAGUCGACGCCUCCGCCGUGGUCUAGUCAAGAAAUUCGCGGCACAAUGGGCGGCGGUGGCGUUCCUUGGCAGUGCGUCCCAGACCGCGUAUACCCGGUUAGCGGUUACGGCCCGCCCAAAAAUAUCAACCAGGCGGCGUACCAGAACCGGAGCAACAACAAUCCGGAAACGUGCACGUCGUCGGCUGCGGUCGACACGAACCGGAACAGCGCGAUGAUCGCCAUGACAACGACGACCGACGACGCCAAGUCCACAGCCUCCUCCGGGUCGGGUGCGGUAGGGCAGUCGAUCAAGUCCAGCAAGUCUUUCGAGAGCGGCGUGCUAGGGCAGCACGCCAACACACCCAACGGCGUCAUACCGUGGCCGGGUGACAGAGGAAAACCCAGACCAUCGCAUCAGUGGGACCACCAUAACGGUACAUCGUCGUCGUCGUCGCCGCAUCACCACCUCCACCAUCAACAGCAGCAACACCACCAACAACAGCAACACCACCAACAGCAGCAGAAUCACCCACAACAACAGCACAACGGCUUGUCCCCCUACGGUGGUGGCGACGGCGUUGGAAGUGGUGAAAUCCUGUACAUGGGAAACAGGUCCUCGGGAGUGCGUACUUCGUCCAGGAGUGGCCCGACGUACUUUUCGCCACAACACAACCAUGUGGACAGAUUGUCGAACGCCGAGCUGAGGUCGUCGGCCAGCCUGGAGGAGAUCCUUUCGCCGAUAUUGCAGAGCAAACUGACCACGUAAUCUUGAGGGGACGCAAACCGCCAUGCCGAUGUAUCGGUACGAUUUAAAUCAUCAUCGUAAUAAUAUGAAUCGCCAUCGAUCGAUCGGCGUAAGUGAAGAAAUCGAU